ACAUUGCGAUUAUGUGUGGGACGCUUCUUGAUAACUCAAUUGCAUUGCACAUGCCAUUUUGAGGACGGAAGGGGUUUCAUCUUCCUAAUUUUAGCAAGGGAAGUAGGGUACCUCUUCUCCCUUCCAUUCGUUGGAAACUGUUAGAUCCUCAGCCAUAGAAAUCAGUCAAAUUGAUAAGACAUGCGUUGUUUUUGGAAUAUUAAUCUGUUUCAAAGCCCGCAUAGCAUAUUCUUGAUGAGUUUGGUUAGGGAAGAAAAACCAUAGAAAAAGAGAAAGAAAUCUGAAAUAAGAUCGAGUAUGGAAGGAUUGGAUGGUUUGAUAGAGAGGCUUUUGGAAGUAAGGAAGAACAGAGGCAAACAAAUUCAACUGGUAGAGUCAGAAAUUCGCAGCCUUUGCAGCACGGCAAAAGAUCUCUUCCUCAGGCAGCCAAACCUGUUGGAAUUGGAAGCUCCCAUUAACGUUUGUGGUGAUAUACACGGGCAAUAUCCAGACCUGUUGCGAGUGUUGGAGUACGGUGGGUUUCCGCCGGAUUCGAAUUACCUAUUCCUUGGAGACUACGUGGACAGAGGAAAACAGAGCGUGGAAACAAUAUGCCUGCUGCUCGCCUACAAGAUAAAAUACCCAGAAAACUUUUUCCUUCUCCGAGGAAACCACGAGUGUGCCUCUAUUAACAGAAUCUACGGGUUUUACGACGAGUGCAAGCGCAGAUUCAGCGUCCGUCUCUGGAAGAUAUUCACAGAUUGCUUCAACUGUUUGCCCGUGGCCGCAGUGAUCGAUGACAAAAUCCUCUGCAUGCACGGCGGGCUUUCCCCGGACAUGGAGAGCCUGAAUCAGAUCAAAGCCAUAGAGAGGCCCGUGGACGUGCCCGACCAGGGCCUCUUAUGCGACCUCCUCUGGGCCGAUCCCGACAACGAAAUCAGUGGCUGGGGCGAGAAUGAUAGGGGCGUCUCCUACACUUUCGGCCCCGAUAAGGUCUCCGAGUUCUUGAAGAAACACGAUCUCGAUCUCAUUUGCAGGGCCCACCAGGUCGUCGAAGAUGGCUACCAAUUCUUCGCUGACAGGCAGCUCGUUACCAUCUUCUCUGCCCCAAACUAUUGCGGAGAGUUCAACAAUGCCGGUGCCCUCAUGUGCGUCGACCAAACUUUACUCUGUUCCUUUCAGAUUGUCAAACCCUUUGGCACCUUUAGAGGAAAACUCACUUCUUAAUUUUUAAGAUCCAUCCAUCCCAAUCAUCUAACUUUUUAUUACCUUCCCCCGCUGCACCACUUGUAUUCAUCUAGAUAUCAGUAUCAUUUCUUUUUCUUUUACAAAACUGUAGGAGGAGGUUAAUACUCAUUAUCAUUCAUUCUUAUUAUUUGGGACUAGUUAUGUAGUACACUAUAUCCUCCUCUCUUUUUAUUUCCAUACUAUUUAAAUUUGUUCUUUGCUAUUAUCAAGCCCA